AACAUCGCCAAUUUGUGAAAAAUUAAAAUUCAGUUGCUUUCGGAAUAUUGAAAAAUUCAGAUCAAAUCCUUAGAAGUUUAAGUAGUGAACACAAGCAAAAAAAAAAACAUUAACAAAAUUCCAAACGAUCUCUAAACUACGAGUACGAAUUGACGAGCAAGUGAAAACGAUCUAUUCUACAAAAUUGAACAGUUUCAACGGAAAAGGCGUUGACAAAUUAAAUUUAAAGUUGCACACAUACAAAACACACAAAACCACAGAGAAAAAUGGAAUACGUCCAAUUCAAAAACGGAACCCCACACUACUAUAGGGCCCAACCGGACCUGAAUGAAUGCAUUCAAUACCAACCUUACCGAACAACUCCAUUGGUACUUCCCGGUGCCAAGGUCAAGAAGGAUGCCCCAACCACAGAAUCAUACUUGAGGUAUCAUCCAAAUCCAGCUGUGCGCUCUAAUCGCGGCCACGAUUUUCAUGACAGUGUGAUGAAGCAACGCGUCGCCGAUACCAUGUUGCACAAGGUCGUUGGUCAGGAUGCUGAUUCUGGCAGGGUAUUCCACAAACAAUUCAACUCUCCCAUUGGCCUGUACUCAGACAGCAACAUUGAGAGUACUAUCAGACAAACAGUUCCAAUUUUCAUCGAUCUAUCUUUCCUGGAACAUAAACGAAACAUACUGGAGCAACAAAAACUUAGAGAACUGAAAGAACAGCAAGAACAACAGCAACGCCAACAAAAACAGCAACAAUUACAAAAUUAAAAUACAAAAAUUUCAAAACCAAAAAAUUAAAGAGAAUUAUAUAGCGAAAGAAAACUAAAAAAACAUACCAAUAUCCCACAAAAAAGAAGAAAGACUAGACAUAUAAGCACAAAAAUGAUAAUGCGACUUCGUUUCGAACGAAAUUGCGAGCUUUCAUAUUUCACAAUUAAUAAUAUUUGAAAAUUUAAAAAGUUCAGCACAAUACUUGAAAAAAUUAGCGCAUAAAUCUAAUUGUAAUACUUAGCGAUUUUUUUUCAACAAUUAAUACUCCUUUUUUAACUGAAUUUGUUUUUUUGUUGUAAAACGUUCAAUUGGCCUGUAAUAUUCAUCCAUACCUUCAUAAGCACCACAUUUAGCAACUUUUAACACAAUAAUCUUAAAAUAAAUUUUAAGUAAGGUUAUGGCAGCGUGCAUAGAUUUUUAAUUGGUUGUUGUGGCAUAGAUGAAAAUUUAGUAUACAUUUUUUUUAAAAUAAUUUAUCCCAAAUUAACAUGUGGUGUAUGUACAUUGGGGUGGGUUAAAAAAAAUCGUAUACAAUAUUUUUUUCCUUUCCUUAGAUACCGUGAAAAUAUCGUCCGAAAUGUCGAAAAAAAAAUUCCGGUAAACUUUGAACUCUUAAUAUUAAUAUUAAUUAUAAUAUUAACCUUAAAUAGUUAAAGAUUAUUUCUACAUUAUUUCACAAAAUAACAUAUGUACGAAUAUAUGUAUGAUCAGCGUGACGAGCUGAGUCGAUUUAGCCAAGUCGCGAACUACUCCUUCAGUUUUUGAGAUACCAACUUGCUUGUCGGAGCCGCCAAUAUCGGACAAGUAUAGCAUAUAGUCGCCAUACAAACUGACCGAUCGAACUGAAGUCCUUGUACCGAAAAAUUUGUUAUUUGACAAGGUAUUGUCACAAAAUUUCUAACAUCAAGUAUCGCUAUAAUCUCCGAACAUAUACUAUAGCAUAUAGCUGCCAUAUAAACUGACUGAGCAAACUCAAAAAAAAGCUCUUUUUUACUUUUUCAUGCUAUAAAAUAUCCACCUGUGUAGGGUAUUAUAGCUUUGGUGCAGCCAAAGUUAAUUUUUUUUCUUGUUUUUUAUGACAUGUGUUGUUUUUAUUCGAUAGUUUCAUAUACAUAUUUUUUCCGUUAGAGUGGUUGAAAUAAACGGUAUAAAGACAUUUUAUAAUAACAUAAAUGGAAGUAUUAAAAAUAUUAGAAAUUUGACUUUUUUUAGCCCACCCUAAUCUACAUAUUUAGUAAAUUUCAACAAAAUGUUUUACUUGAAAUUUCUUGUUUCAUUCUAAUAGUUAUUUUUAUUAUUAAUGGCACCACAAUUUCAGUGCUACUAAAUUAAUAAUUUUUUUUUUAAUACUUAAAAAUAUUGUAUGUGAUUUUUGUUUUAAAUAUUAUAUAAUAUUACACUCACACUUAUCGCCCUUAAGAAAUUAUUUUUAAUAAAACCCACCAAAAGUUUGCUGUUUACAAAUCCUGCACUACUUUUGAUUACCAAAAUUAUUAAGUAUUAAUAAUACGGUGCUUCUCCAUUGGUUAACGGCUUUGCAGAGCAGAGAGCAAAGCUUGAUCACUUACUCACACGAAAAGACUCACUUGCAUACAUAUAUGCAAACUACAUCAUACAGUAAUGAAAUACAUAGUGUUUAUUUCCAAAUUAAAAUUUUUGAAAUCUAGAAGAAUUUUAAUGCAUAAAAAAGUAUCGUAAUUACAAUAACGGUAAUGCUCUGAAAUAGUUUUACUAACCGAUUUUUGCCAUGCAUUGCCUGAAUUGCGUUAUGAUUUAGUACUUAAGAGUUGCUGCUGCAUAUGUAAAUACGUACAUACAUAGUUCAUAUAUAUAUACAUACAUUUAUCUACUCAUGUCGUUGACAUUACAUAAUCAAUUUUACAUGCAUACGCGUAGUUACAUAUGUAGUCGCAUAUUCAAACAUUUGCACACUGCUCAUCCUCGCACACACAAAUUGCAUACAUACAUACAUACUAAAUUCAUUUUUUAAACAAAUUAUAAUAGACACAAAAUAUUAAUUUGUUUGCAAAAUUUUAAUGACUAUUAAUUCUAACGUAUUGUGCACAUCCUGUUUUUUUUCUUUCUCUCUCUCACACAAACACAUACACAAAUUUUCUACGAAACUGCAAUGUCAAAAACUAAAAAAAAAAAAUUAUAUAUAUAAUUAUAUAUAUUAUACAAAAUCGAUGUAUAUUGCAUAUUCAAAAACUAAAUGCGACAUGAUUUGAUUGGGGCUGAACUUAAAUCCACACCAAAACAAAAUAAAAACGAUAUUGUUAUUAUUGUUGUAUAAAACAAAAAUGAAACUAAAAAUUGUAAAACAAAAACAAAAAAAAAAACAACAACGACAACAACAAUAACAAAACUAACAAUUUCGAAAUCUUCAAAAAACUGUGACAAUUAAAAAACGCUUCGUUACACCGAAAAAACUCGUUGAACUGUGCCAUUGUUCGCCCACAAAUGACACCUAUAAACCACGGACGCCAUCGAUACUGUGGCAUGGUAUACUUGCAAUAUGCGCAAUUGAAUCAAAAACAAAUUACAUAUCGAUUACAUAAUUACCACAAUGUAAUGCCAUAAUGGAAAACGUCAAAAAAUGGAAUUAUACAAAAAAA